UUGGGGUUUUUUCGGGAGUUUUUUCUUGGUGGCUAUGGCGCUGGCGAGCUCCGAGGCCUGGAAGACGUGCGCUCGCUUGGAUUUUGAGGAUAUCCCUGAUUGCUCAUCGCAUUCGAAGCCGCGCGUCUCUAGCGAGGCGAGGGAAAUGUUCGAGGUCGAUCAGCACCAAGAAGUUGAUGCUCUUGAGAAAUCGCUGGCACGGAGGUUUCUUACCGAUUUGGCGAAAGGAGGGUUCGACUCUGGUGCUUCUUUCGAAAGCUUACAAUCGGAGGUGAUGGGCAUGAACAACGGGAAUGGCUCGACUAUCAGUGAGAUCAAGAAUUUGAUACAAACGAUCACCAGAGAUGCGAGGGCCAUGGAGACACUUCUGAGCUCUACAGAAAACUCCCUCGAUAGUUGCGAACUCAAUAUGAAAGACUACAAAAAUAAUCGGCUGCUCGGGGACGCAGUCACGUACAGCUCUAAGUAUGAACUGGAGAAGAUGAUGCUCAAGGAUAGCAUUGAAGAUUGCCGUUCUGAGGGUCUUCGGCUGGCAGAACAAAUCGAGAUGAAGCGGAGAGAACUCAAGCACCUUGAAAACGUAGCUAAGCUCAAGGACAGCUAUCAGCAGGACAACAAAAUUCUCGAGGCUUUGAAAGGCGUAUCAGUGCUUGGCAUCUCUAGCGGGCACAUAAGUCUCCAGCUUCGGACGUACCUUCCAGAUUCAAGCAACGAGUCCUUCAAACUGAGAGACGACGCUAAGAAAAUACCCGACUGCGCGAUCCACGAACUCAAUAUCGUCUUCAACGCAGCAACACUCUCCAUUGCGGAAGCCGAGCUCAAACCCAAGGAUGUGGAGAUCAGUGAAAUCGUCUCGGCUGUGCAAGAAGAUGGGGAUUUCUUCGAGAAGGUGGCUUUCAUCGUGAAAGAAGUCCAGAAUCGUAUUCGCUGGAGAAAGAGUGCGUCGUCGCGAUAUCACAGUCGUAACAGAAGGUAGCCUAGAUUUCUAGGAUGAGAACCAUAGUAACUACAUACUAUGACAUUAUAGCUAUCAAAAAUUUCAUUUCUUCCAAA